AUGGUCCUGAUUACCUUAGAGUUUGGCGGUGGAUUGGAUGCAAUUACAAGCGCCAAAGCCAAGACGGUUGCGUGUGAUGUUCCGGCAAAGACGGUAGGCGAGUUAAUUAGGUGGAUUCGACGGCACCAAGUCCGAGAGCGACACGAGUUUUUCGCUUCGGGCGAUGGCGUGCUUCGUCCGGGAGUUUUGGUGCUUGUCAACGAAGUCGACUGGGAGUUAGAGGGUAAAAUGGAAUACGUUUUACGGGAAGGAGAUACGAUCGCGUUCAUUUCGACGCUGCACGGUGGCUGA